UGGAAGCAGGAGGUAGGCGAGCCGGGAGUCGUGUAAUUCGGAGCUUUCACCCCGCCCCCGGAGUACACUGGGAAUGCGACGCUCCGGGAGCCGCGACUUCCACAUCCGGAGAGGGGUGCAGGGGCUUUCGUCCUGAAAAUUACAUGCCCCUUUUGACCCCUUUCUCCAUCUAAAACCGACGCCUGGGUUCAUGUACAUGGGACCACGCCGUGUCAAUGUCAACACGCGUUCCAAUGGAGCGACCGGAAGAACCCCAAGCAACGGCGCCCGCCCGCGCAGUUUCCGUUCCGCCUUGGCUCCGGCCGGGUCCGGGGUCAUUCCUCUCUCCCUCCUGCGUUCCACAGGCACCAACCCCACCAACGCGUCUUCUCGGCCGUCGUGUCGUCCCGGCUCGGCGGGACCGAGUAAACAAACACACAAAGCCCGCAGGCCGGCCAAGUCAAUUGGUCAACACACCACCACACGCAACGCAACCCAAACCCAACAGCCCAACAAUAACGUAGCCAGCAGCCCAGCAGCAGCGCGUCACGCCCACCACGUCCCCCCCGGUCAAAUUUCCAUUCCAUCUCAUCUCCCCCCACCUCACCUCGUCACGGCGAUGGCGCCGCGUCCGUGCCCGCUCUCCCUCCUCCUGCUCGCCGUCGCCGUCGCCGUGGCCCUCUCCCCGCUCGCGGCCGCGCAGCCGCAGCGAAACAUCCUCACGACGUUCCCCUCCACCCGCACGCCGGCCUUCGCCACCCCGCCGCCGCCGACCGUAUCCCCGCCGCCGUCCCCCGUCACCGUCCCGCCCUCCUCGCCGCCGCCGCCGCCGUCGUCCGUGAAGCGCAGCGACAUCGCGGUGGCGGUGGUGAGCACGGCGCUCAGCAGCUUCGCGGUCUCGGGCCUCGCCUUCUUUCUCUUCCUCCGCCACGGGAGGAGGAAGGAGCUGACGGCCGGGGACGGCAAUGGGUAUCCUGGCCGUCCUCUGGAUGGCGCCUUCGCGGGGAAGCGGUCGGAGAGGGAGCCGACGCGGCCGUCUCGGGGCGGGGGCGGCUUCGGCAUGGUGGACGAGAACGGCCUCGACGCGAUAUACUGGAGGGAGUUCGAAAAGGACGGCGAAGCCGGCGGCAGAGGCCGAGAGAAGAAGCCGCCUACGACGGGGACUGGGAGCAGGCGCCCGCCGCAGCCGCCUCCGCUUCGGCAGCAGCAGCAGCGCGCGGAGAUGUGGCCGGAGCCCCAGCCGUCGUCGUCGCCGCCGCCGUCCCCGCCGCGACGGUCCAGGAGGAACAGGAUAGAUCAGGAGCCGCUCAUCCCGGCGGGCUCCCUCGACUCCGCGUCCGCUGUGUUCGACGACUCGCUGCACCCGCCCAGCGCCGGCUCCAGCUCGUCCUUCUCCGUGUCCGCGCGUCCGCCGCCGCCGACCCCGGCAGUCGCUGUCAGCUCCGUGCCCCGCCCGACUCCGCGGCCUGCGCCUGCCGCCUCGCCGGGUCUGCCGCUGCCGCCUGGGAGAGCAAGCCCGCCACCUGCGCCACCCAUGGUUGCUGCCUCUGUCGCGUCGCCUCCACCGCCACCUCCAAAACCAGCCGCCGCGUCGCCGCCGCCGCCGCCACCACUGGCCAAGGGCCCACCUCCACCGCCACCUCCGAAGGGCGGCCCACCUCCGCCGCCACCGCCCAGAGGUGGCCCGCCUCCACCGCCACCGCCCAAAGGCCCGUCCCCUCCGCCGCCGCCACCACCAGGAGGAAAGAAAGGAGGUCCGCCUCCGCCUCCUCCAAAAGGUGGGGCAUCGACGUCCUCUUCUAGGCCGCCGACAGCGCCGGGCAUGCCAUCCGGUGCCGGCGAGCAGCAGGCGAAGCUUAAGCCGUUGCAUUGGGACAAGGUCAAUGUGCAGGCCACCGACCACUCCAUGGUGUGGGACAAGAUCACCGGCGGUUCAUUCAACUUGGACGAAGGCAUCAUCGAGGCUCUCUUCGGCACUGCAGCAGCAAACCGCAAGCCGAAACCUUCAGACAAGGAAUCGGGCGAAUCGUCGGCCAGCCUCGGGCGCUCAAACACACCGGAGCAAAUAUUCCUGCUCGAGCCGCGCAAGUCACACAAUAUUUCCAUCAUCCUCAAGUCCCUCACGGUGGGGCGGGAUGAAAUAAUCGACGCUCUCCGUGACGGGCAAACAGAACUCGGCACUGACGUCCUGGAGAAGCUUUCGCGGCUCCACAUCUCCAAGGAAGAAGAGUCCACCAUCUUGAGGUUCUCCGGGGACCCCGACAGGCUCGCCCCCACGGAGGCCUUCCUCCUCCGCCUCCUCCUCGACGUGCCCAAUCCGAUCGCGCGCGUCAAUGCGCUGCUUUUCAAGGUGAACUAUGGUGCGGAGGUCGCGCAGCUCAAGCACUCGCUUCGGACGUUGGAAUUGGCGAGCCAGGAGCUGAGGACAAAGGGCCUGUUCUUUAAGCUGCUUGAGGCAGUGCUCAAGGCGGGAAACAGGAUGAAUGCCGGAACGGCACGUGGCAACGCUCAGGCCUUCAACCUUACGGCGCUCCGCAAGCUCUCUGACGUGAAGAGCACUGAUGGGAGCACCACGUUGCUGCACUUCGUCGUCGAGGAAGUCGUCCGCUCCGAGGGUAAGCGGCUCGCCAUCAAUCGCAACUACAGCAUCCGCCGCUCGGGCAGUCUCGCGAGGUCUGGCCACGAGGGAGGCAGCUCGGCAGCAGGCUUCGCAAGCCAGGGGCCAUCGCGGGAGGAAAGGCAGAGCGAAUACAUGAACCUGGGGCUACCAAUUGUUGGAGGUCUCAGCACAGAGUUCGCCAACGUGAAGAGGGCCGCACUGGUCGACUACGACGCAGUUGUCAGCGAGUGCGCCAUUCUAGACGGCCGACUCAAUGAGAUCAAGAGACUCUUGGAGACCUGCAGUGAUGAUGGAUUUGCGCGGGGGCUGCGAGGAUUUGUCAGGGCUGCAGAACAGGAGCUGAAGGCGCUAAGAGGGGAGCAGGAAAGAGUACUUGAGCUGGUCCAGAAGACAACAGAGUACUACCAUGCCGGUGCCACCAAGGAACGGAACGCACAUCCCCUUCAGCUGUUCAUCGUAGUGAGGGACUUCCUGGGUAUGGUUGAUCAGGCAUGUGUGGACAUCAAGAGGAAAGUGCAGCAGAAGAAACCAGCGCCGUCGUCAUCGCAGCCAAACACAGCUGCUGCCCCCACCGUGGCGGCUGUGGCAGCGGCUGCGGCCACAACAGCAGCGACAGCGUCAGCGACCGAUGGUCAAACAGCACCAGCUCAGAAACCACCCGAAGCAGAUAGCAAAAGAAAGAGGGUCAUGCCAAGAUUUCCAAACCUGCCAGCGCACUUCAUGAAGGAUAGUGCAGAUUCUGAUUCAAGUAGUGACGAGGAAUAGAUUGAACGGGUGGCUGUAGAUGAUUGUUUGCGUUGUUUUGAAUUCUUUGUUGUAGAGGUAUAGGAUAGCUUCAGACUGUACAUAGAGCAAUUUUUGCAUUGGUUCUUUUGUCCAUUUCUUCAAUCAAGAUCCAUAUCGAAGCACCGAAAUAAUUCUAAAGAAAUUUGUAAAAAUAUGACGUGAAGAUCUCAAUUGCUUGAAAAAUGA